AUGGCUUUCUUCCAACAACUAAAACUACUUUUAUGGAAAAAUGGCCUGACGGUCACCAGACGACCGUUAUGGACCUUGACCUUAAUCUCCUGGCCUGUACUCAUCUUCAUCAUCAUGGCUGUAACCCGUCACCAGUUCCCCCCAAUUGUCCGGGAUGCAUGUUACGUUUCACCGAGGAACCUACCGAGUGCCGGCUUCUUCCCUUUCCUCCAGACCCUAAUGUGCAACACAGACAGCCACUGUCACAACACGUCACGGCUGGUGGAUUCUACCGCCUCGACGUCAUCCCGAGACAAAAGGUCUGCCGACAUGCCGAAAGCUUCUCCAUUUGCAACCCUGAUUCAAGGAGGAGAUUUUUUCAACUUUGCUCUUCCAAAUGACUCCCUAAGUGAUCCUGCAGCAUUGGUUAAAGCCAUGGAGAGCAUUUUUGGGUCUUCUUACCAAGGAAACACCAACAACAUCCCCCUCAUGAGUGCCAUCAACUCCACUUUGCAUGAAGAGGAGACCAUUGACAAAAUGCUGGAGUCCAUAAACAUUUUGAAAAGGGCCGUCUGCUCUUUGACUCUGCCCAUGAUAAACACAAGCCCUCAAAGCACUUUCACCAACGCUGUGGUCACUUUCUGCAAAACCAACAACACCAUGUUUGAAGUCUCACUUCAAACACUAAACCAGAUACUGACAGACAUGUUGCUGACAAAGCCAGAGGAGGUGCUUUCAGCAGCGGGCUUGUCUGUGUUGCUGUUCGAUCGGCUGCAAAACGAGACCACGAUGUGGGAAAGCCUCCUCGGUCUUCCUCACGUCCUCUCCUCUGGUUCUGUUGACGAGGCGCUGUCCAGCACCGAAGCCCUCCUUACAAACAUGCAGGGUGCCUUGCACGUCAUCGAAAACUCAUUCCCUGGCACAAAUGAAUCGAUCGCCGCCAUGCGUCCACUGCUGGUCCGAGCCAUCAACCUGAUCCACUACGUUCAAAACUGGCCUGGCAAAGAUGUUUCCAUUCCUCUUGGAGAGAUUGUGACGCAGUCCAACAGCUCAUUGAUGACUCAGUCGGCAGUAAACUAUGUCCUGCAUCACAUUCACAUACCACUUGACAAGGCCAUCGGUCUGAUGCUGGACAAAGAGAUUGUGCAUCAUUACCUGUGUGAAAACAGCAGCAACCCAAUGUGGCUGGCAGCAGCCUGCAGCACGGGGAGUGUGGACAUGCUCCUGAGCUGGAUCAGCCCCGAAAAAGUGGCAAAACAGACCUUCCUUGCUUGGAGUAAGCAUGUGGCAGCCCAGGAUGUGUCCUUUGUCAAGGGGUUGGUUCACAGUAUGAUGGGCAGUCAUUCCUCAGAAACACCCAGUGGCUUCAACAGUACCCGGUCCCGGCGUAGCGUGGACACACAACCCCAAAACGCAGAGGAGGAGCUGUUUUGGUGGGCCGCAAAGCUGAUUUUGGAUGCAGCAAAAACAGAUCCCAAGCUGGAUUUGGUCGUCCAGAGUCUCUUCAGAACUGCCUUUCAAAUCAUAAAGGCUGCAAAGGAGACCUUGUACACUCUACAAGAAAUUAUGCACAACUUUCUGAAGGACUCUGAUUAUCUCCAGCGGACUUAUUGCACCGCGCAGACAAACCGGUCUGAAGCAAGCGAUUUGAUUAGUCACCUCCUCGACAGUGUCAUGGAAUAUGUUGUGGAGUCUGUGGAGUCAAAGUACCGGACAUGUGAAGAACGUCUGGAACCCUUUUUGUGGCUCUUGCCCCGCAAAACCAUCAGUGACGAAACAUGGGGGGCACUGAUCUGUUACAACAGCUCCGCUCUAAACGAAAUCCUGAUGCAGGACUGGGGCGAAUGGUUUCAACAGGUGCAAGGAGUGUACUACACCCUCACAGACCAAACAGACCUCAAUGUCACCCUUUCCAUCUUCCUAUCUGAGUGGCACGAGCUGUAUAGUAGCAGCCUACAGUCCCAGGAACUUUUGAACAGACUGAGCACAGAGCUGGGUGGAGCACACUGGUUGAGCUGCAUGCCGUACUCCACUACUCACGAUCUAAGCUCAACUUUUCUACACAGCGCAUUAAUGUUUUUGCCAAAGUUUGGAGAAGUAAUGGAAAAGACUGAAAUGUGGCCUGAGAUGAAAGACUAUUUCUACAUGAUGAACUGGGUUUUGAACUACAGACCUGAUAACACAACCCAGGCUGCAAACUGUUCUGUGAAGACGGACUCAUGGGCGAUACGCUGUGAUGCUGACCUUGAAUGGCCAGAGUUUACAGAUGCAGUGAAGGAGGCUCUGAUGUUACCCAGCCAAGAAGUCCUAGUGAAUUGUCUGAAAGGAACAAUAUAUCUGCUGAACAGUGUGUAUGGUGACAUGAAAACACUUCCACCAAACCUGUAUUCUGAACAACUUAUGCCACCGAUCCCCCUGCUAGAAGAUGAAGCUCCCCUCAACAUGUCCACAGUCCUAGCUCUGGCAUCAAUGCUCGCCAGGGAGAACCAACACCUGUUUGACUUUGAUGAGACCGACCUAGAAGAGGAUAAGUUGGAAGACUUGAUUACACAGUUCCUGUCUUUGGAAAGCAACCUAACACUGUCCCUCUCUCACAUGAUGAAGCAUGUUCUGGUUGUUUACUCCAGCUCCUUCCAUCCUGAAAAAGUCAUCCAUUCCAAUGCUGCUCUCACCAAUCAGACCUCACCAAGUUUUAUGGAGGCUGCUUUAAAGGCAGCUGAGCAUCUAGAUGAAAUGAUGAGUUCCCCAAAUGCUGACCCAACUAGCAUCCUUCUUGAAUUCAUGGAUGAGUUUCAGGAGCUCCUGCUAACUCUAUAUAGAUUGCAAAGAAUAGAGCACGUUUUAACACCAAGCGGUGAGCUGAACACGACUCAAGUGACGGAGCUUGACAAAGCAACCAUGGAAUUUCUUAGCUUCUUCACCCCUGAAGGCCUUGAGAACCUGACUGAAGCUGGACCUAAUGUUGCCCAGGACAGUGUUUUCCAGAAGUUGGUCCAAUUCUUACCUAGUGGGGUCCAAGAGGAUGCAGGUCACUAUUAUCAAGACCUCAAAGUUCUGCAGCACCAGAUCAGCAGGUGUGCAGAGGGCCAGAACUGUUGGAUUGACUUGUCUAAAAUCUUCACGGUUCUUGAUCAGACUUCCCAAAUGAUGAAUUCUGCAGAUGACAGCGUCACCAUUCACAUAGAAUCAAGCGAUUUCAGCUGGCAGUGGGAAUCUGAGGCAAUCACACCAACGUUGCUUUCACUUCUAGGACAAAACGAAAAUAAAUAUAGAAAAUCAUUUAAACAGACACUCGACUUCAUCAAAUUGGUCAUGGCUAAUCCACAAAUUUCCAGUGUUGAGGACGUCCAGGAUGCCCUGAAGCAGUCCAACCUAACAAUCGAGGAGCUGAAUGAAAUCGCUGCACUCGCUGGGGCUGCCAACGUAAAUGAUCUGAUGAUAAAUGUGAUGGAGAUUGCCAAUUCCCAACAGUGUUUUAAACCUCAGGAUGACACCACUGUGACAGCUGAAUGUGUCAUGGGAUUGAUUGACGGGCUGAGCGGCUUUUUAACACACCUGCCCAGUCUCCGCAACAACACACAGAUCCUCUCCCAAAUCCCCCUAAUCGUCAACAAAACUAUCAGUGAUUUCAUCCAAGUUGACUUCAGCUCCAACUCCAGCAAAAGCUUUGAAGGCGUCUUUAGGAACAUCUUGGCCAACGUCAAAGUGAGCCUUCAGAUGAGCGAUGUCAAUAACACAGAGAUUAUGAACGAAAUAAGAGUGGUUGAGGGGCUAAUACAGCUGGUAACUAACAUGGACUCAUUUACCAAUCUCAAUACCUCAAUGAUGAACAACCCCUUACAAGAGCAGAAAGCGUAUCUGGAGCUCGUGGAGUGGUAUCUGAAAAGGCUGGAAAGUAUCAGCGACAAAAGUUCAGUAUCAGCGCUCCUUCGUCCGUUUUUCCAUGUCACCCAAAUGCAAGUGGAUCUGCAGCUUGCCCAGACGAAUUUCUCUCUAUAUGUCAACCACAAGAUUGAGAGUGUGAUGAGCAGCCUUCAAUACCCAAUAGAUGGAAACGGUUUGAGGGAAAUUGGCGUAACAGUAAUCGACAUCAGUCAGAAUCUUUUAGACUAUAUGAAGCUUAAUGUGGAACUUCAAAAAAGCAUUCCUGAUUUUGACCAUAUGCUAAACACAACUCUGGUGUACUCCGCUGACAGCCAAAUCAGACGCUAUCUCAACGCUGUCAAGAAAUGGAUGACGCAACCUGAUGUCCCAUCUGUCUUUACAAAAAUGCUCCAAUGGGGUAACUCGUCCACGUCCUCUCAGGUGACAGACCUCAAUACUUUGCUCCAGACAAUGGACUUGUUUUUCUGUGACAAUCAAAAGCCUUACCUCUCCAUGAUCAGAAAUAUCAGCCAGUCUUUAAGCCAAGUACUACUGUUGGUGGAGGAUUCAGUCUCUCCACAGAAUGAGCAAUUCAUGUCAGCAAUCUUAGGCGCAGCACAGACAACAAUGCAGCUCUUGGACGCAGCCGGAACACCUCUACCAGUUUUUGCACAGCAAGACAUCCUGGAAAUUGUUGGAGAUUCUGUGAAUCUAAUUUUCAGUCCAAGCACAAAUUUCAUCUCGUCACGUAACGUCUUGCUCCACCUCCUGGAGAAAGCUGACAGAGUCAUUCAACAAACACUACCAGCAAGCUUUAGAGACUACCUGCUUCCAGGAAUCAGAGUGGCAGCUACUUACUUUGAAAGUGCAAACAAAGAAAGCGGACCAGACCAGUGGAAUCAAAUCAUUUUGAAUGAAAUGAAGACAGUCCAGAGCUUCCUUCCACCUCACAGCCCAGCCCAGGCCUAUGUGUCUGUCAUCUAUAACGCCACUCUGUUCCUCCUGGAGUCUGGUCAGGGCAACACAAGUAUCUGGACCAGCUUUGAGAAUGCAUCUCUUGAAACUUUGCCGCAUAUUGUUGGCCAGAUAAGCAAAUUCCUGUCCAUGCUUUGGCCACUUGUUAUGGAGGGGACAGAUGAACAAAUCCCGGCUCUAUCCCUGGAGAGUUUUAUUCAUCUUGUCCCAGUUAUGAAGCAAAUUUCAAAUGGGGAUGCUGACCACAACACCUGGGAAAAACUUGAAGAGAUGCUGGCAGACCUGUUUUCAGUCUUUGAAAAAACUCCACUGUGGAACGGAACUCAAAAUGUCAUACCUGUGUUUGAAAAGAUCAUGGGAAGCAUGGUGAAGAACAUGCAAGCAGAGAAUGGAAUGGUCUUAAGCCUUCAGGUGCCAAUAAUGACAUUACUGAGGGAAAUCACAGUGUCAUUGAACUCCAGUCAUAUGAACUUGUCUGACCUGUCUGAGAACAUUCAGUUUGCCAUUGAACAGACUGUACAAGCAGUUCAGCAGUCUAAUAGCACUCUAGACUGUAAUGACGUGCUGAAAUUUUGGGAGCCAGUCAGGGAGGCCGCUGAGUUUCAGAACGACACUCUGAGACUGUGGUGUGACAUCAGCCUGCAGCCUCUUUUGGAGGCUAACGCCGAAGUCCAGACAGUCUACUCCGACCUGGACAUGAGUCUCAUGCCGACUGGGUCCAUGAGUGCAAACGGAGCAGCAGACAGGAUCGUGAAAACUGUGCAGUCUCUCUAUGAAGUCAGCAUGAACCGCUCUUUGGCGACCGAACUGUUCAUCAUGGCCGUCAGCGACCAACUUUCUGUGCUGGGGGGCCAGUCUUUGAGCGCUGAGGCACAGAGUCAGUGGUGGAGCCAACUUCAAGGCAUGGAGAUGCAAAACAGAAUUUUGAAUGAAUUGGAGACAGUGCAGAGUUUCCUACCACCAAACAGCUCAGCUCAGGCUUACGUCUCCGUCCUCAGUGACACGGCUCAUUUCAUCCUGGGGUCCGGCCAAGGCAACUCCUACCUGGGGGCAAGCUUUGGAAAUGCAUCAUUUGAGACUUUGCCAGAGUUGAUUCCCCAGAUAACAAAAAUCUUGGCCACGUUUUGGGAGAUGAUCGUGGCGGGUCCAGUCUCAGAAGAACCUGUACUGUCUCCAGGGGGUUUCAGUAAUCUUGUCCCAGUUUUAGAACGGCUGAUGACUGGCCAAGCAGACCAAAAAACCUGGUUUUUGUUGGAACAGAUGGUCAAGAACUCGCUGAUAUACUUGGGAGCAAUAAUGUCACCAAACAGGAUCCAAAAUGGCAUUUCUGUGUUUGAGAAUAAUGUGGAAUACAUUGUAAUGAACAAGCAGGCAGAAACUGCUUUGAUUCAAAGCCUUCAGAUUCCAGUGGGGACCCUAAUGAGAGAGAUUGCAACCACCAUGAAUUCCAGUUCAAUAAACCUGUUUGAUCUCUCGGUGAGGAUAGGUUCUGCUGUUGAAAGCACGAUGGAAACAGUUCAGCAGGCAAAUGCUACAUUGAGCUGUAAUAAUGUCUUGGAAGCUUGGGAACCCCUUGGAGAAGCAGGAGGACUAACUAACGACAACCUGACUGUGUGGUGUGAAAACAGCCUGCGGCCGGCGUUAGAGGCCUAUAUUGCAAACCAGACGGCUUUCUCCCACCAGAACAUGAGUCACCUGGACUCCAACCCUUUCAAUCUUACUGGAGCAACUGACAGGAUCGUCAAAACAGUGCAGUCUCUCUACAAUGUCAACAUAAACCAUGCUUUUGUGGUGGAGCAGUUCGUCUUCAGCUUCUCCGACCUUCCCUUUGGUACGGCGAACCAGACUGUGGACACUGUGGACAUGCUCAUGCCCUUGCUCAAGCAGUUCCGGGACAUGCAAGUGCAAAGCAGUGUGUCAGCAGUGAAAGAGCUGUCAGAAGAGCUCGCCAGCCUGGAUCCUGAAAUUCAGCCUUAUGUUGAAGCCUCAGAAAAAGCAAUAAGCCUCAUCCUAAACAACUAUGAUCUCCUUCUGAAUGGUACCUCGUCCCUGGAGCUCGUUGAAGACGCAGUGAUCGUUUUUCUAACUUCUGUCAACCUCACUUUAGAUCAGAUCUCUUUCGUUAUAACAGAAAAUACAGGGGAAAAUUUCAUCUCUCUGAAUGAUUUGAUAGUUGAAGCCCUCAACUUGAUAUUAGAAAUGUCAUUAUUUGGAGAAGAUCCUAUGAUUUACCAAGGUUUGGAGGACCUGUUGGCAUUCAAUGACACUAGCUUGUUAGUGGACAGACUGAUUGACUUCUCUGUGUGGUUAACCUCAACUCAAACACCUGACCUGGAUUGGUUUAGUCUGACUUUGAGCAAAGCGUUUGACAUCGUCAGGCCCACCUUGUCCAUCCUGACCAAGCUGGAUGUGAGGAUGUCAUCAUGUGCGGAGCUGUUCGAAGAUCUGACUCGAAACAUUAUUGCAAUGUUUAGACAGUUUGUGACCACCAGUGACCUCAUGCCCCCAAUGUAUCAGCAAAUGGGCGUGUUACAGGGAGAAAUGUUGAACGAUUACAAUCAAGGCAAAGUCAGACGAAGACGAGACGUCUCAUCAAUGGAACAAACGGCACCUGUGAAUGACUUCGUGGACCUGUUCCGCAUCGACUACCCAUCCAUGUUCAGAGCUAUCUAUCAGUCUCCGAGCACAUCCGAAAUGAUGGAGACCGCCCACGUCCUUUUUGCCAACCCCGAUCUGAAUGUUGUGGUCAAGGGAGCUACGACGGACAUGUCUUGGGGCUUGAAUGCAUCUCGGGAGGCAACUAUUGACUCGGCUCUAGGAAUGUUCUCCUUCCUCAGUCACCCCGACUUGCUGACAAACCCACCAAUGGAUAUCUUGAAAAACGCUACCGAUGGACUUCCUGAUGCCAUCCCAUUCUCCUCCGGGAUAAAAAGUUUCACCAAAACACUUGCCAAUGAAUCCCCAGAUACCCUGAUCCGUAUGCAGCAGGCGAUCCAAACAACCGUUCAGAUGUUUCAGAGCCACCCCAAAUCUUCAGAGUUCACGCAGCAACUGCAACAACUAAAAUCACAGCUGUGCCCCCUGGAGAGCACUCAGUCCAUGCAGCAGGUGAUGUCCGGGCUUUCUUUACAACCCGGGCAGCUCUGCAGCACGUACCUCCCCAGCCUGGAGGUACUGGCCAAGAACAGCACUUCAAUGUCUGACCUCAUCUUCCAAGCUGUCAUUGGAGAACCCAAGAACUAUAAAAUCCACGCAAACUGGACUUCUGUGUUGACUGAAGCUUUGGGCUUUAACACCACCAGCCUCGACUCCCUCGACAUGAACGUCACCUUACCAGUGAUGACGGUCGCUGAGAUGCUGAGGAACAGAGCAGCCUUUGCUCAGGAUGUUCAGCAGCACUUGGCUCUAGACCCUGCUGAUCUCGAUUUGCUGAUGAACACGACACUACCAAAUGACAACUUGGAGAUCCUGUCCUGGAUGGUAAACAUGCCUCACUGCAACACGACAACGUCAGACAACACGAAACCAACAGACGAGGCCAUCCAGAAGACGCUCUGCCACUUAUCUCUGGGAGAGUGGUACCAAUUGUCUCUGCUGGCAGCAAAACACAUGAAUACUGAGAAACUCAUCUACAGAGUGGUGUUGUCCGAGGAAACGCAGAAGGUGGUGGGAGUUUUGCUCAAAGUCUCUCAAGUUCUAACUGACAUGAUGGACAAGGUUCUUCCAGUUGUGAGCAAACUGCAAAGCUACUUGGGCUCCGUCAAAGACCUCAAUCUAGGAUCCAACACUGAAUUCAGACAGAUGACAAAAGGACUGAGGACCACCAUCUCAAGCCGAGCCACCUUCGUGACCAUCUCCCGUGCUUUGUGUACCAACGGCAUCCUGGCUUUAUUUGGAAUCUCCAAACUCCACGACAUAUCCAAUCCAAGCCCCUCCCUCCUCAAUAACAUCCAGAGAGAGGAGAUGAUCGAUAGGUUCAAGAUUCCACGAAAUUCCACUCCCUUCUGCAUGAACAUGUACCUGGAUAUGGUCAACACAACAGGCGGAGCCAUCGCCUGGGCCUUCCUCAAACCCAUGCUGAUGGGGGAAAUCCUUUACACCCCUGACACCCCUGAAACCAGAGCCAUCAUGAAAAAGGCCAAUGCCACCUUGGACGAGUUUGGAAAUCUGAGGAAAAACUCUGAGGAGUGGAUCAAAUCUUCCAACAACAUCAUGAGCUAUUCGAAACUCCUCAGUACCACUCUGCCAAUGCUGCAGAAUUCGCUCAGCAAUACCUUUGUGAAGAAUUUCAUUGAAAUGCAGACAAACAUCAACGUCGACAGCAUGAAGGAGACUCUCAGAAAAUUCUCUAACAUGACAGAGAUGCUGGACAGCCACAAAGAAAUUCUUGACCAGAUCACUACCUUGUCCACCUUGAUGAUGCAAAUCUCCUCCUGCGUAAAGUUUGACCGUUACCGUGCCUACGACUCAGAAGUGGAGCUUAACGCUGUUGCAGAAGGGCUUGCCAAAAACCGAGAUCUGUAUGCGAGUGUCAUCUUCAAAUCCUCCAAAGAUUCAUCCAAAAAACGUGAGAGGAGAGACACCGCCUCUUCAUCCUCCCUGCCUCCCCAAAUGAGCUACACCAUCCGCAUGCACAUGGACAAUGUCAUGCGGACGGACAAAGUGCGCAACCCGUACUUUGUGAAGCAGACGUACAUCUCGGCCAGUCAGACGAUGCGCUACAACAGGGGGUUCGUCUACCUGCAGGAGAACAUUGAUCGAGCCAUCAUUGAACUGCAGAGUGGGCAGAAAGUCACUGACACGGCUGUCCAGCUGCAGCCAUUCCCCUAUCCGUGCCAUCUGCGAGACGAGUACCUGGAGGCCCUCUCUUUUGUCUUCCCUCUGUUGCUGAUGAUAGCCUGGCUGUUGUUCGUGGCUGAUUUCGUGAAAAAGCUGGUGCACGAGAGAGAGCUGAGGUUACACGAGUACAUGAAAAUGAUGGGAGUCAAUCCGCUCAGCCACUUCUUUGCAUGGUUUUUGGAGUGCACCGCCUAUCUGCUGUUGACCACCGUAGUCGUGACGUUUGUGCUCAAGUUUGGCAAAAUUCUGCCAAACAGCGACGCCUUCCUGGUCUUCCUGUACCUCUGCGACUAUGGUUUGAGUGUCAUAGCCUUCAGCUACAUGGUCAGCUCCUUCUUCAACAAGACCUACAUCGCUGGUCUAAGUGGCAGCCUCCUCUACAUCCUCGCCUUCUUCCCCUUCAUCGUGGUCUUGGCCCUGGAGUCUGACCUCAGCUUCUACCUAAAGAGUGGCCUGAGUUUGUUCUCUCCCACCUGUUUCAGCUAUGCCAGCCAAUAUGUUUCUCGUUUUGAGACCCAAGGAGAAGGUGUACAAUGGAGCAACGCAUACAACUCACCCAUCGCAGGAGACAUGAGCUCGUUUGGGUGGCUGUGCUGGCUCAUGCUCAUUGAUUCUGUUCUCUACUUCAUCAUUGGGGCUUAUGUUCGAGUUGUAUUCCCUGGAAAAUAUGGCAUUCCUGCGCCGUGGUACUUCCCCUUCAAACUGUCCUUCUGGACUGACCUGUGCUACGGCAUUCGGGCGAGCAGCAAAGGGCGCAAAGGACGUCUCCACGCUAACGUCAUGGAGAAAAACCCCUACUUCUUUUCUGAAGAAAAAGCCAAAGGAAAGAGCGCUCUAUCCUCGCAGACCGGGGAGGAUUUCUCAUCGCUCCCAGUGGGAGUCUCACUCCACGGCCUCACCAAGAUCUACGGCGACAAGGCGGCGAUUGAAAACCUAAACGUCUCCUUUUAUGAGGGUCAUGUCACCUCCCUGCUCGGUCACAACGGAGCGGGAAAAACCACCACCAUGUCUCUUCUCACCGGCCUUUUCCCACCGUCAUCCGGAUCUAUAGACGUCUACGGCAUAGACAUGCAAACAAACAUUGACGCCAUUCGUAAAGAACUGGGGGUCUGCAUGCAAUAUGACGUCCUCUUUGACCACAUGACCACCAAGGAGCACCUGCUGCUGUACGGCCAAAUCAAAGCGCCGCACUGGUCACCCCGAGAGCUGCACGAGCAAGUCCGCACGAUCCUGAACGACACCGGCAUGUACCCCCACAGACACAAGCGGGUGGGCACUUUGUCGGGGGGCAUGAAGCGCAAGCUGUCAAUCUCCAUCGCCUUUAUUGGCGAAUCUCGUUUGGUGGUUUUGGAUGAACCCACCACGGGUGUGGAUCCAUGCUCCAGGCGCAGCAUCUGGGAUAUUAUCAUUCAACAAAAAAAGAAGCGUACCAUCAUCAUGUCUACCCACCACUUGGACGAGGCUGAAGUGCUGAGCGACCGGAUUGCCUUCCUGGAGACAGGAGGAUUAAAAUGCUGCGGAUCGCCCUUCUACUUGAAAGAAAAGUUGGGUCAAGGCUACAAACUCACCCUAACCAAGAAGAUUCAAAAUGCCCAAUCUGACCAGAUGGAUUCUGCUGAGCUUAAGGCUUUUAUCCAGUCUCACAUACCCGAAGCCCGAUUCAAAGACACCCAGGGCGGCGACAUGAUCUACUCACUGCCCCCCUUCAACUCGAGAAACGCCUCCUCAUACCGCUCCCUCCUCACAGCUCUGGACGCCAACCUUAACGACCUUCAGCUUGGGAGUUAUGGCAUCUCCGACACCACUCUGGAGGAGGUGUUCCUCCAGUUGACGAAUGACAGUAGUGAACAUAAGGAUAGGCCUCUGACUGUGUCAGAAACCGUUUCUGACACCUCAUCCAUCGCCAGCUUCCCUUCAGAUCUCUCUGAAAGCGCCUCUAACUUUAACGACAAGUCAAAUCUUACCAGUACAUUUGUGGUCAGUGGAAUGGCCUUGGCCUGGCAGCAGAUGACAGCCAUCCUCAUUAAGAGGUUCCACCACAGCCGCAGAGACUGGAAGGGUCUGAUCGCUCAGAUUGUGCUUCCUGUUGUCUUUGUGCUGUUUGCUAUGGCCCUGAGCUGCAUCAAGAACGAUCUGCAGCAUUACCCGGAGCUGAAGCUCAGCCCUGAGCUCUACAAUCUUGGACCAAGUUACUCUUUCUUCAGAAACCAAAACUCCACAUCCAGCCAACUCGUGAACACCAUGAUGUCAUUCCCUGGAAUUGAUAAUGGCUGCCUUGAAAUGUCUGAUAAAGAUGUCUGCACGAGAAGCACAAGCAGCUGGAGCUCCGGAGGGAACCGCUCCAAACCAUUUACUGUCUGUAAAUGCAACCAAAAAGAACAGGUUUGCCAGAAGGACAACUACCAACCCCCACAUAAGAAGAUCCCAUCAUCUCAGAUUGUCUACAACCUGAGUGGCAUCAAUGUGGAGAACUACCUGUUGGCUACAGCCAAUGACUUCAUCAGAAACAGGUAUGGUGGCUUUGAUUUUGGCAUGCCACUUCCAGUCGACCUGAAAAUGGAUCUGUUGACAGUCCCCAAAAACCGCACUUUAUCCAAAGUCUGGUUCAACCCUGAGGGGAUGCACACAAUGCCAGCAUACCUGAACAGCCUCAACAACUUGAUCUUACGCUCCAGUCUUCCUGCAGAAAAAGAGCCAAGUAAAUAUGGCAUUUCAGUCUCCAGUCACCCCUAUUUUGGCCGAGUGGAUGAUGAAGUUGCAGUUGUCCAAGGAAUGAUCCAGAUCCUGGUGGCCAUGUGUGUGCUGACAGGAUUUUCAAUCACAACAUCCAGCUUUGCCAUCUAUGAAGUCAGUGAGCACCAAACUGGAUUCAAGAGGCUCCAGCACAUCGCUGGCAUUGGAGAGCCUUUCUACUGGGCUGUGAACUUCUUCUAUGACAUGGUCCUGUUUAUGGUUCCCGUGGCUAUGACUGUUGGUGUGAUAGCUGCUUUCCAGGUUCCAGCGUUUACAGAUCGGCAAAACUUGGCGGCAGUCGCCCUCCUUCUGGUGCUCUUUGGGUUUUCCACCUUCCCCUGGAUGUAUGUGUUGGCAGGUGUGUUCAAAGAUGCAGAGACAGCCUUCAUCACCUAUGUAUGCAUCAACCUCUUCCUUAGCACCAAUACCGUCAUGUCCACCGCCGUCCUCUACUUCUUGGGUCAAGUAUCAGCAACACACUCAGAGAUCAUCCAAAGUGCGUUUGAAACGCUGAGCAAUGCCUUCCUCAUCUUCCCUCAGUUCAACUUUGGGAAUGGGUUGAUGUACUUGGCCAGAGUGAACAUAGAAGUCCAGAUUCUUAGUGGCUAUGGCAUCGAUGCCUAUAAGAAUCCAUUCUCCACUGACGGCUUAGGCUGGAUGUUCAUUUCAUCCUUCAUCAUCGGCCUGUUCUUCUUUACUCUCCGCCUGCUGCUAAACAAGACUCUCAUACGCAAAGUCUGGCGUCUGAUUAAGGGCAAAAAGACCUCGCCUCCAAUCACUCUUGAAGAAGAGGAUGAAGAUGUGGCAGAGGAGCAUUUGAGGGUGUCCAGCGGAGCGGCAAGUUCAGACGUGCUGCAGCUGAACCAGCUCUCGAAAGUUUACCAACACCUUAAGAAGAAGGUUCAUGCUGUUAAGAGGCUCUCUGUGGGCAUCCCUGCUGGAGAGUGCUUCGGCCUGCUGGGAGUGAAUGGAGCAGGAAAAACCACCACCUUCAAGAUGCUGACUGGAGAUGUCAGCCCGUCUGAUGGCUCAGCACAGAUCAGAGAUUGGGAUGGGCGACUAGUAGACAUCAUGGAGUGCAGGAAGCAGGGAAUUUACAUCGGCUACUGUCCCCAGGUGGAUGCACUUGAUGAUCUGCUCACUGGCGAAGAGCAUUUGUACUUCUACGCUCGCAUCCGUGGCAUCCCGAAGAGGGAGAUUGAUGGGUUGGUGAACUACCUGCUGAAGAGGCUGGAACUGAAUUACCACAGAAACAUCAUCACGGAUGGUUACAGCUGUGGCACCCGUAGGAAGCUCUCCACCGCUCUGGCUCUCAUUGGGCAUCCACAAAUCCUGCUCUUGGAUGAGCCAAGCUCUGGUAUGGACCCACGCACCAAGCGUCACCUAUGGAAGAUCAUUUCUGAGGAAGUCAAAGGAAAGAGUGCUGUUGUUCUCACAUCUCACAGCAUGGAGGAGUGUGAGGCGCUGUGCAACCGUCUUGCCAUCAUGGUGAAAGGUCAGUUCCGAUGCCUGGGCUCCCUGCAGCACAUUAAGAACAGGUUCGGCAGUGGGUUUACUGUGAAGAUGUACUUGGCUGAAGCUUCUUGUGAUGCGGAGGCAAUCACCGACUUCAUGCAGCGCAAGUUCCCCAGCACAUAUCUCAAGGACCAACACUCCACCAUGGUAGAGUACCACGUGCCAACUGCUCCUGGAGGGGUUGCUGACAUCUUCAACCAGCUGGAGUCCAACAAGAAUACUUUGCAGAUCAAACACUUCUCUGUGAGCCAGACCACACUGGAUGAGGUCUUCAUUAAUUUUGCCAUGGAAAACACAGACUUAGAAACCACACCAAUUCAAAGCCAGGAGGACACAGAAAGCCUGGACUCUAUUGAGGCUGUAAAAUCCUAGAAUCUCUUGUUGCUGCUGUAUCCACUUGAACCAGUGUCUUCCUGUUGGUGUAAUGAAUAAAAAAGAUUAAUUUCUUGAAGCAUUCUUGACUGCACAUAUGAUUGAACAAAAUGUAAAUUAGAAAUGUGUUUUUUCCAAAAAUAAAUCAGUGAUUAGAAUCAGAAAAGCACAUGCACUUUUGCAUUUGUGCACAUAUGUCUUGUUAAAAUCCUGUUUUUAGUCCUAUAAAUGACAAGACAAGUUGCUAAUUUGUUUACCUUGAAAUUCACAUAUCAUAUUAAGACAACUUCUUUCUCUGUUUUGCUGCAGUUCUGUUAAUCUCUAAACUAUUAAAAUCUAAAUGUUAUCUUUGGGAUUAACACAAAAUCAGUCUUGUGUUACUAUGCCAUAAUUGUACAUCAAAGGAAAUCAUUUAAAUGAAUAAACAUGAUAUAUAAGAAUGUGUAAUAAAAAUCUGAAGUACAUCUGGUUGUAGAUGUUAUAUUUAUAAACAGAAAAUAUCUACACUCAAAGGUCUCUAUACACUUUUCAACUUUGAACGAAUUCUCACUCCAGGGGUAUUUCCUAUUUUUAGAAUAAAUGUACUGAAUAUUUAUGACACUUCCUUUCCAUUGGACCACCUUCCUGUGUAUCAAAUGUAUGAAGAUUCAUGAUGUAAUAAACUUUAUUUUCAAGAGCA